UAUCUAUCUUACCAUCGCCAUUUCGUUUCUGAUCGCACCCUCACUGAAUAUUUUGUCUCUCAAUAAUGUCAAUUGCAGCUGUUAGAUCAAUGUUCUUAUUUUGCUUGACGUUUUCAUAGAUUUUGAAUUGUUUAUAUUUUCGGCAUGUUUAUAUAUAAACAAUGUACGUGUACAUUUUGCUUUGCCCGUAACCAAAAAAGUAAACCUAAAUUUAUGUAGUAAAACCUACAUCAAAUCCAUUUAAUCAUCAAAGGAUGGUUAUAGAAGAAAAGCUAUGGCAAGAAAGUUUAAUUUGCACCUAUUUGCCCAUUUAAUAAUAUUCAUAACAUGUUUUGCCCCAAUAGUGAUGGUGAAACCUCAAGAUAAUACUCCAAAACCCGAAAUCGAUUUAAAAAUUGUUGAAAUUAAGCACAGACAUAAUGAAAGUGUGAGUGGGGCCAAGGCACACAAUGAUAGUGUUAAAAGUAACCAUGUACCAGAGGCUCUAGGGAACCCAAAAAUAGAAGAUCCAAAAAUAAAUGAGACUUUAGAGGAAAAAACCGUAGAGAUCGAUUCCAAGGCAAUCUAUCGAGGCAUGUUAGUAUUUGUUACCUGUGGACUGAUCUUUGUUUUGUAUGUAGGAAUAAAAACUUACAGGAGAAGAAAGUACGAUAAGUCUCAUACAAUAAUUAGAAAAUAUGGUGUGAGAACCAACAGAAGUGAUCUCGAAAUGGAACCUCUGCCUCUCUCAGACGACGAUGAGGAUGAAACCGUUUUUGAUUUAUCAGCAAAUAGACAGUUUAAUAAUUAAUUUAAGCUUUGGUGAUAACACCUGAUUUAUGCCUUAUUAGAUAAUAAUAAGUAUAUGUAUAUAAAAAGAGUAAUUUAUGUUUUUCAUUGUUCAAUUGGUACUUACUAAAUAAUAAUUAUUACAGUUAUUUAUAAUAGUUUAUUUACAUGCAAUAAAUAGUUACUAAAAUUAA